AGGAUACAGCACACAGCCUGCGGGUUUUCUGCGGGGCUUGCCACACGCCCAACAGUCUCUCGUGAGAUGAGAUGCGGGAUAAAGAUGGCUUGAGGCGCAGACACAGACAGUUCUCACCGCUCUUCAAGGCUCGAGGGAGAAAGAAAGCUACAGGUAGAGGAAGCAGAAGGCAUUUUGAAGAUGAGCUUUCAGUCAGCCAUCAGCCGUGAGAUCUUUGUCCCAAGAGAUGAAAAGUUACUGGUAGCCAUUGAGGUGAGGAGGAGGACGAAGAGGAAAGGACUGUCCUUCCUCAAUGCAGGUCGCAAGAGGGACUACAUAACCUACCUCUGCCUGUCAGUUACUAACAGCAGACCAGCUCAAGUCCUCAUUACUAAAGUUAAGAGGUAUCGAGGCACAAGACAGCUUGCUAAAAGGUCUCAGUGGUCCAUGGAGCAGCUGCGGCAGGUCAAUGGCAUCAACCCCGAUAAGGACACUCCUGAGUUUGACCUAGUGUUCGACCGCACCACUGAUCAAUGGCUAGCCGGCUCAGCUGCAGAGAAAUGCAUGUUUGUGCAGGUUCUGUACCAUGCUUGUCAAAACUACUGCAAGGCCAAGCUUGCCCAAGCUAACCCAGAAUCCCCUGCAGACCAAAAGACACCAGGAGCAACGGAGAACAAGAAGAGCCCUGGAGCUCCAAGCCAAACUAACUUUGUCAACUGUCAGCCGAAGCUAAUGGGAGAUGCUUGUUCUGUUAAUAUAGUUAUCUACCGAUGCAAGAUUUUUUUGAACAGAAUGAAGAACAGUAUGACAGCAAACCAGGGUCGGCCUCAGCGUGAAGCUGCAGCUGUUAAAGCAUCCCAGGGCAGGAGCAGCCCGUCUCCUCCGGCGGUGAGGAAGAUUAUGCGGAGGGCCAGUCAGGUUCUGAGUGAACGCGGGGAGCAUCUGAUGAGGGCCGACAAUAAAACCAGCCACUCGCUGCACAGGGCCAAGUAGUUUGCAGAAGCUGCGCAGAAGCUGGCUCUGAGGCAGAUUUAGAGGUGUUCCUGAAGGCCUGUAAAUACAUUUUAAAAAGAAACUCCUAAUCAUCUGGUCGCUGGAUAUUUUGAAAUGUAACUUCUCAUCUAAUUCAAAUUGAGUGCAAGGCAUUUUGUUCAGCUUCCUCUUCACCUGCAGAUUGGACUCAUAUUUAUGUAUUUUGUUUUUCUUAAUGCAUGUUUUGCAAGCCAUUGAGCAGUUUAAGCAGUUGUGGUGUGCUGUGGCCUGACUUGCAGAUCUGUUUAUUCUGCCCUUUCUACAGUAAGCACAGUAUAAUAUAGCAGCAGGUGGCUGAUCCUUUCUGUAGGUUUAGUAUUUUAGCUUAUUGAAAGCAUAAUUUCUUUUCCAUUAACAAUAUAGUAAUUAUUUAUUUUUAACUCUUAAAAUAAUAUGAUUAUAUAGAUUAUGAUUGCCCACAUGAUAAUGGUUAAUUGAUAUAACACACAGAGAUACUUGUGAAUGGCUGUAUGACCCUCUGAUGUUUAGUUCUGAUCACAUGAAGAAGCUGCUUUUAUCUGCUUUUUAGAUUAAGUUUCCUUAAAGAUGCUUCAAGCUGUGAUCUGUGUGAGAAUAACACACUUUUGUUCUUCUGUCAGUGCUGUCUUCGUCUCCUGAUUCUGUGUAAUGUGAUAACAGUCAGCUUUGUUUGUGUGAUUGUGAUCAGCAGUAGCAGGAGCUGCAUGCCAUAAGAGGCCAGAGAGUGUUUUGUGUUUGGUGUUGGCAUGUGUGAUUCAUCCCGUUUUCUGCUGUUGUCCUUAUGCUGUCAUUUUGUUGUCUCCUUGGCCUGUGUGUUAUAGCCUAUUGCUUUUAUGUCCAUUUUAGAUUUCAUAAUAUAUGUGUAACAGAGAAUUGUAUCUGUCUUCGUCUGUGCUCCUGUACACAUUUAAAAUAUGUUAAACGUGUAAACACCCAUCAUUUGAGCAAUAAAUGAUACGGGACCUA